UGAUGAUGGGAGCUUUUUGUAGUUCAUCACUGGGGCUCCUCAUUGCACGACUGUGAGUGCAGCCUCUUAACGCCAGGAUUGAUGCCUCUGGUGGCUUUUCAGUGAGGGGGGACACAAGUGGACAGCAGGCCUUCAGCUCAUAGCCUCUCCCUGGCCUGUAGGAGAGAAUCCUUUUGGUCCAAAAUAUAUGAAUAUACCAGCACGCGUCCGUUCAUCUUCUGAAGAAAACAGCCCAAAAAUGUCCAGACGAAAAGUGAGGGGCCUGACCCGUACAGGUCGACAGGUCAGCGAAGACCCAGACCUGGAAAACCUGCUGUCCACCCUCUCUCCUGAGGAGGUGGAAGAGCUGGAUAAAGACCUGAGGAAUGUUCCAGACAUCAGCCCAGAGGAUGGAAAGAUCAUCAUCCAAGGGGAGAGCCAUCCUUCACAGCCACCUCGGAGCAACAACGUCCGGGACACCGAAGGGCGAAGCGACAGCAAGGGGAGGCUCAGUCAGAGGGAGCCAUCAUUUGAGGGGGAACCAAAGAAGGAGAGCCGGAAGCAGGAGUACCUGAGGAAGAUGGGCCUCAGCCAGGAGGGGAACGAUGACAUGAAAGCAGCGGUGCGAAGACAACCAAGUUUCACAAGUGACAGAGAUGUCAAGGUUAAGGACAGAAACAGCAGAGGUUUUGAUAAUGUGAAAGAAGAGAAGAGCUGGCGUUCAAGUAGAUACAGGAAACAAGAAGACACAGAAAGUGACACAAAGGAGGAGGUUAAUGAGAAAGACGAUUAUAGGCUAAGAGGCAGAAGAGAAAACAGAGAUAGCACAGGCGGCAAAACAAAGGACAUGAUCUCCAAGUUACAAGACAAAAAGAACGAGGGCAAAGAAAAGGACAGGAAAGAGGAGUGCAGGAAAAGAGAUGACAACAAAACCAAAGACAUUAUCUCAAAGUUUCGUGAAAAAAGCGAGAAUGACGCAGGAAAAGAAAGGGAAAGGAAACCGGAGAACAUCAGGACGCAGGGGCUCGUUUCCAAAAUGGUGGAGAAGCAGAGCAAGGCAGCAGAGAGUCAAACAACUCAGGAGAGUAAAAAAGAUGAAAACAAGCUGAGAGCCGAGGAGAAAACCUACCCUGAUGUUAAACUCCAGAGGCAGGUGUCUGAGAAGGCUGAGGUGCAGGCGAAACGGGACAAGCCAGAAAACAGAAGUGAUCGGGAGGAGCUGGUUAACCACAGCGACCACGUGAAAGAGAAAUAUCCCAAGAUUAGUAAAGACUUGAAAACUGAGGAGAAAAGGGAAAACAAUGACACACAAAGAAAACUUAUAAACACUGAAGAAACGGAAAAAGUUGGUAACUGCGUGGCCAAAAGCAGCUCAAACAGCAAGCCGAAGAAGGAAGAGGAGGAUGACGAAGAUUCCAGCAUGUUCGAUGAGUUGAUGCAGCAGGUUGGAAGCGACGACCCCUCCCUCACUGAGCUCAAUGUCAACAACUCUGAGGUCAUCAAGACGAAAACGCUCAUGGAGUUUGCAGAAGUUUUGCACAACAACACUCACGUUAAGACGUUCGCUCUGGCUAACUGUCGCGCCGACGACCAUGUGGCCUACGCCAUAGCCGGCAUGCUGCGCAGCAACAAGACCAUCACCAGCAUCAACCUCGACUCCAACCAUCUCACCGGCAAGGGCAUCCUGUCCCUAAUCCAGUCGCUGCAGCACAACUCCACUCUGACCGAGCUUCGCUUCCAAAACCAACGCCACAUCUGUGGCGGCAAGACGGAGAUGGAGAUGGUGAAGAUCCUGAAAGAAAACGCCACCCUGCUCAAACUGGGCUACCACUUUGAGUUAGCCGGACCCAGGAUGACCACGACAAACAUACUGAGUCGCAACAUGGACAGACAGAGGCAGAGGCGCCUGCAAGAGCAGAAGAUGGCGCAGGCAAAUGGGGAGAAGAAGUGGGCACUGGAGGUGCCCAAAACUGGAGGUGGAGGAUCUCUGAGGAGUACGCCAAAAUCCUCCCCCAAACCAUCUCCCAUUCCCUCACCUAUGCCUUCACCAAAGCUGACACCCAGAAGAGGAGCUGGAGGGCCAGCUCCGCCACCACCUCCGCCCCCUCCUGGGGGUGGGCCCCCACCUCCUCCACCUCCAAUGCUGGAUGGCGACCGCCCAGGUGGUACCAAGAACUCAAGGGACCAACUGCUAGCCUCUAUCAGAGGAAGCAAUAUGAAACAGCUGAAGAAGGUGCCCGUACCAAAGUGGCUACAGUAAAAGACCUUCUGAUGGAGAAGAAAAAGAAGGGGACAACAUACAUCUCACUGCAGGUUUUCUUGGAGAUGAGCUCCUGCGGCUGGUUGAAGAGUCGCUC